AUGGCAGACGCACGUGAGGGGUCACCUGGGCGCCAUGAGCGAACAACAUGCUACUACAAGGGAUACAAGUACACAAAGGCGUGGUCGCCUUCAAAGAAGAUUUCGUGCAGAUGCUCCAAGUUUCGUUCGGGUGGCCUUGCCGACGUCAAGGAGGACAUGAAGGCAAUGACGGACUGCCUGGCCAUCGCUGAUGUUGCUCAGCCUGCCAAUACAAUCUGGACAGAGCUACUAAGCUUAGUCUACGGGGACGACAACAAGCAGGUCGUCAUUGGAUUGUCUGAAUCUCAACUGUAA